AUGAACCCCCAACCCCCCACCCCCCAAGAACAACCAAUCGACAUCCACACCCCCUUCACCCUCCCCGAACACCUCUCCCACCUCGCCUCCACAGACCGCGACAUCACCUCCCUCCUAACCCCCGUAAUAGCCUCCCUAACCGCCCUCUCCACCCCCCCCUCCCCAACCAGCCCCAACGCCCCCCAAGAAGCCUUCAAAUCAGCCCAAACAUCCUACUUCCGCACCAUCGACCGCAUAUCCAAACACCUCAACCGACAAAUCUACGCCCUCGAAGAAGCAAACAUCAUCUCCCUCGCCGCCACCUCCUCCAACCAACAACCCUCCCAAUCUGCCGAAAACCCCGACUCCCAACCCGGCGCAUCUCAGCCCGACGGCACCAAGGAUACCAAGAAAGUCGCCCGCCUCGACCCAGACGGAACAGGCAAAUACGGCAAGCUCGACGUCGGAAGGCUGAACUUGGCUUCGUCAACGACAGAGAGGGACGUCGAGGCUGAGACCUGGGAGAGGGUCAAGGCGCAUUUUGCUGGUAUGGCCGAGGCCCAGGGGGUGAAUACCGGUGACAGGAUGCAGGAGUAG